GUUAUAGAUGAAAAAGGGGAUAUCCUACCACCUGGCAAAGAAGGGGAUAUUGCUCUCAGACUAAAGUCUUCCCGGCCUUUUUGUUUCUUCUCUGAAUAUGUGGACAAUCCAGAGAAAACUGCUGCUACGAUAAGAGGAAACUUUUAUGUCACUGGGGACAGAGCCCUGAUGGACCGAGACGGGUAUUUCUGGUUUGUCGGCAGAGCUGACGAUGUCAUUAUAUCCUCUGGGUACCGUAUCGGGCCCUUCGAAGUGGAGAGCGCACUCAUUGAGCACCCAGCAGUUGUCGAAUCAGCUGUCGUCAGUAGUCCAGAUCCAAUCCGAGGAGAGGUGGUAAAAGCGUUUGUUGUCUUAUCUGCACCCUACAAAUCAUCGGACCCUGAGAAAUUAACUCUUGAGCUUCAGGAUCAUGUGAAAAAAUCGACUGCACCUUACAAAUAUCCAAGAAAGGUGCAAUUUGUCCAAGAACUACCAAAGACAAUCACUGGGAAAAUUAAGCGCAACAUUUUAAGAGAUCAAGAAUGGGGACGAAUAUAGCUUGAUAAGAAAACCGAGAAAUUAAAUAGUAACAUGGUUGCUUUCUUUUAGGAUUUGCUUCCUGACAAUUCAGUGACUACUUUCUUAAAAUGUUAGUUUUUUUCUAGUUGAAAAUUUGUUUUCCACUUAGCCAAAAAUUUAAAAAUAAAACCUGA